AUGCCUCUGAAAUGGUCACAUCGUCAGAAAAUCAAUGAGCCGGCCCCCAAAUUGACACAGGAUGCACCUGCAACACCUGCCUAUAGUAAACAUCAGCGAACAUCCACAAGCCAAUUUGAAGUGGGUGUAAAUCCAUUUACUCCGCCAUCAACAGUACGUCGUCCUUCAUUGAGACCACCUGCGAGCCAAGCUACAGAGGCAGGGGAGGAGUCAUUGUUUGUGCGAGGUGAGGACAGCGACGAUGCCGAAGCAGAUGCAGAUGGAGAUCCCAACCCAGAGGAGGUAGUGGAUGAUGCAGAAGCUCUCAGCGAGGUCAACGUCGAUGCUGGGGAGGAUUCAGCUGCUGAGUUUCCAGAGCCAGAACAUGGAGUUGUUGCUACUUUACGUUACCGCGCGGCCUUUGGUAACAUUGAGAAGAACCCUAUACACUCAGCAGCUGACUCCAUGACCAAUUACAAGGUCGACAGGCUUACCAUGACCGGCCUCUGGAUGUGGGUCGACGAGGUUAUUGACAGCCAAGUCAACCGCCGCAGCAACGUCAAAGUAGUGAGUCUUGUAGCAGAGCUCUGGUUUGGCAGAUGUACUAACAAGCGCAAUAGACCUCAGAAGCGGCUUUGGCGAGGCAACGUACAAGACGUGCACGACCUGAGAGAAUUAGCAAAGUCACUAGACCUUGACACCAGCGAGAAGCUCACCAUUGACUUCAACCUUUAUCUCACUGGAGACCCUAUACCUGUAUCGCAGUUGACCGCUCCGCCGCCUCUGCGAUCAUUUCAGACCCACACGCGCACAGCUACCGUCAUACAGGAGGAGGCGUUGGAUGGUGUUGUUGCUGCCAAUCUCAUGGGCCAUUGA